CCGCACCACGCACCGCACGCACCGCACGUUACACCGCACCGCUGCAAAUCGACGACGCGCCGCCCCUUCGAGGCGAGGCUGGCCUUGCGAUUGUGCUCUCGUCCGGCACUCUGCCCUCGCAUCGCUCUGUGUUUUCGCGAUGCGCGACGACAGCCGAAGUAGAUCCCCCCGGGAAGGGCGGGAUCGAGACACGGCACGACACAGCGGCCUCGUCGACGACGACCAUCGACACGACCGCUACGGAUCUCGGCAGGGUAAAGCCUUGGCCCGCGCCUGGUGUGGGAGUCUACAGAGACAUGCAGACGAAACUUAGUUUUCCCGGACGUCGUUUGGAGCUUGAGAGCUAACUUGCCCACGGAUCGGAGAGACCACCCUCGGUCUCCUCCAGGCCGCGACUACUACGACCAACGGGAGACUCAGCCACGUCAGCACCGCCAAGGGGAAUACCCGGAUAGGCGGCGUCAGCGAGAUGAGGACUUGCGCGCCCGGAGAGCCGACGAUGCGCGCCGCUCGAGACGUGACUGGGAGGACAGAGGCUACCACGGCAUGUACGACGACAAGCGAGAAGGCGACGAUGAUGGCGACCAUAGAGGCCGUCACCACUCGCGCGGACGGUAUCACGAUGAUGAAUACGAUUAUUCGCGGCGAGAUGAGUACGACCACCGCCGCGACGACGGUUCGCGCGGUCGCUAUGGCCGGAGCCGAUCCCACAGCAGACCGAGAGACGCGGGUCGGCCGACAGAUACGAUCAAACUUGAGGGAGUGCCGUUUGGUAUCUCAUCAGCUGCGCUCCGUGAAGCUCUCCUGGAGAGCUCCCCCGUCGCCGCCAAGUUUCCGCCGGUGGACGUUCGAGUUGUGUCAUCAAAAGGCUAUUGUCGUGCCUUUGUGCAAUUUGAGACGAUGGAUGACGCCGUAGUCUUUGUCAAAGAACACUUCCCAAGCCUCCUAGUGACAUUGCCUCACCCAACUGAUGAAGCGCCAGACGGCGAGGCGGAGCUCUCUUUGCACUUCGCCCGUAGCCAGAGCGACCUUGAACAGCAGCCGGGCAGUCUACCGCUAGUCGUUCCUGGAGAUUGGUUGUGCCCUCAGUGCACCUUUCUCAACUUCGCGUCGCGUCGACAGUGCAGGGACUGCGGUCUUUCCAUUCCAGCUGCGUGUGGCUUCGAGGGACGGACCGGCGCCGCCGACGUCGCCCGAAGCGUUGACAAAAAGAUGCAGUUUCUUGUCGUCUACCCGCUCCCUCCCCAUUUUGACGAGGAUAAGCUCGCCAGCGAGAUGAAGCGCCUCGAGCUCGUCAAGGUGGAGAAACCAAAGGGCGAACCACCCAAGCUCAAGUCCACGGCGCCCUCUGUGGAUGGGGCUGGAUACGGCGCCCGCCAGGGCUCUCUGCACCGCGUAUUUCUGAUGCGUGAGGUGGCAACGCAUACCAACCUUCGAUAUGGCUUUGCAGAGUUCUGGACCUUGGCUGAUACGGCCGCGGCACUCAAGAAGUUCCAGAUGACGCGCUCUUUUGAGAUCGCAGGCAACGUCGUCAACAUCGCCAUGAUUCACAUGGGUGUAUUCGUGCCAGAGGAUCGAGAGGUGACUCCCGAUAUUGCCUUUGAGUCCUUUCAGCCCCUGUUCAACCCGGAGACGCGCAUCCGAUAUCGCGACUUCGAACUCUACCCCAGCCCCAAAGUUGUUGCACAGACCUCCCCCGAUGACGGCAUGACCAAGCCCGGCGCGGAAGCAAAGAUCGAGGCGUCGAAGCCUGAAGCCAUGAAGAGCAAGAAGCGCAAGGCCGAGAGUGGUGCGGCAGAUACGGUACCCAAGAAGAGCAUCGCCAUGGGACCCCAAAUGGCCUUCUGGCAGCAACGCCAUAGAGAGAUUCAAGGCAUCCAGCCUGACGACAACAAACUCCCGCAGGAGGCAGCAGAUGGCUCCAAGCGGGCUGCUCCCAUCAAGUUCUCUCUGAAGACCGGUGUUAUCAACACGAACGAAUCCGCCGCGACUGAAGGACAGAUCGCCCCUGACGCCCAAGCGGCCCAGAGGCAGGAGGUGUCAUACGUGGACCGAGCUCGGCUCAUGUGCCUAAUUUGUAUGAUGCGCUACAAGUCGGUCGAAGAAGUCAACAUUCACGAGAAGUCGGGUAAUCACAGACGGGCCACGGAGGACGAGGCCAAGGUCAAGGCCGCGCUCCCUCGCAUCGCCGCUCGAGACAGGAGAGCUCAGCAGAAGGGAGAGGUGGCGCAGUACCGCGACCGCGCCAAGGAGCGACGCGAGACCUUUGACCAGCCCAGCAAGCCACUCACCAAGACCAGUAACAAGCCCAAGGAUGCUGCUCAGCCAACCAAGGAAGAAGCCAAGAAGCCCAUCGAGUCCAAGGGCGCCGGCAUGCUGGCUAAGAUGGGUUGGUCUAAGGGCGAAGGCCUGGGUGCGACGGGCGAGGGCCUUACGGAGGCCUUGACGGCCAACGCGUACAAGGAGGGCGUCGGCCUCGGUGCCGAGGGCGGCAAGCUGGGCGACGCUCAGGAGGUGGCCGAGGGCCGGACCAAGGACAGUUACUCUAGCUACGUGUCGGCGGCGCAGGAUCGCGCCCGUGAGCGAUACAAGCAGAUGCAGUGAUGCGGGCAGCGGCGAGCCAGCCAGCUGCUUCGAGCACACGCCAUGGGUAGAUAUGGCACAUUGGGGUUUGCUUCCUUUUGUCAAAAAUGUACAACAAAUGGUCCAGAAAAUCUGGGAAUGGACGUGGGACUCGCUCCGCACAUGGGCGUCGGAUGCCCUACGCCUUGGGGUUUUAGGGACGGGAUUCUAUAUCGCAACAGUGUGCUCUUCUUGCCACGGGGAGCUUCUGAGCUUGCGAUGAGAAAUAGUCAUGGAAUGAAUAAUUGUAC